GAGAUUCAAAGUGGGCAUAGAACUAAAGGAAAAUAUCUCCAACUGCUCCAAAGAAAGAGCCGAAUUUGCAAGGCGCUAGACGCCGACGAAUCGCUCCAACUCUCCAUUCUUCUUUCAACUGGAUAUUUCUAGCUGACAAGGAUUUAAGUUGCUGCUCCCGAGUGUGUGUGAUAUCAUGUGUGCGGCCUCGGCGGCGGCGCGGCGACGAUGGAUUUCCCGUGGCUGGACCUGCCCUUCACCUUCCUCACUCUGCUCCUCGCCACCCGCCUCGCCUACGACUACUACGGCUACGUCGCCGCCACCAUCGCCGGCAGCUUCUCCCUCCAGAUCUUCCUCUUCUACUGCUUCGCGCGCUGGUACAGCCAGACCAUGCGCCCCCGCACCGACCUGCUCCCGUCCACGUCGCGGCGGCAUGACGACGGCGGCAGCGGCGCCACGCCUGUCCUGACGCCGCUCCUGGAGACGACGGCUGGAGCUGGAACCGGAGCCGGCGCCGCAGCGGCCUCCGGGACCUUGCUGGCCAACCGGUGCCUGGCCUUCGUGUUCAUGGUCUUCGUCCCCCUCAUCAUCGUCAUCUUCGAGAAGAGCCAGGCGGACGUCGUGGCCUACGGGCUCUGCCUCGCCAACAUCGUCGUCAUGGUCGUCUGGCUCUCGCCCGACUCGGCGGCCACGUUGGCGGCCACCAAAUCGUUUCUGACACUCAGCGAUGACGAGGAGGACGACGGAAGCGCCGGCGCCGAGGACAAGUGCUGCGUCUGCCUCGCCGGCAUGCGGGAGGAGCAUGACCUCCGGGACCUCACGCGGUGCGGCCACCAGUUCCACGACAAGUGCAUCGGCAAGUGGCUCAAGUCCGGCCACCCGACGUGCCCUGUUUGCCGGGCGUUGGUCGUGCCGCCACAGCAGGCCACACACGCUGACCCCCACCAUGACUCCAUUAGCCCUGUCUAGCUCUGUUUCUGUCCUGCAUCCAAUCAAGAAAUCAUUCCUGGAGAAGAUCGUAUUCUGGCAACGGUUAAGUGUUUCUUGAUGCUGUGCAGUUUGCCGAACCAAUUGUUUGUGUCUACUGGAAAUGUUCACUUGCAGCCUGUAAAAAACAUAUCUUGCUCUUAAUGUUUCAUACCCAUGUCUUACA